CCGGUUUCCUUGAAGCUGGAGACAAUCAAUCCGAACGAUACAAUACAUUCCGUAAAAGUAUUUUAUUCUUUUAUUAACAGACUCAAUCCUAUAGGUGGGAGUUUGUAUAUAAUGGGAAAUAAUACUUCAACUACACGAAAAUCCACCGCCGGAGUACGCCAUAGUAGUGCCGGAGGUGUAAGAAAGGCGCUGCUGCUUCGCAAGGAAACAGAUUUGGACGAGGAGUUUAGUGAUUUAAUAUUACACGAAGUAACAAAGCAACAUGCCCAACAACAACAUCAACAACAGGUCCAGGGUGACUUCCCGCUUCAACAGCAAGUUCCAUCUCAAAGUGAACCAUACAACCCACAUCAACCGAAUUUGACCCAGUCAGUGUUGAGACCAGUUACUGAAGUAAAUGUUGCACCAGUAAGCUCUACAAUUAAUGAUGUAUAUGGCAAGUUUUCUUCGAAAAGACUGGUUGAACCAGUCAUACCUGAGGGUAAAAGAAGAAGAAAUAGUUCGAUACCGUAUAAACAAUUUCUGAAUGACCUUAUUGAAGAUGAAUACAAUGAAUUAAAUGAUGGGUUGUUAGAAACUGACGCCACUGAGUUAAGUAGAAAUAUCUUACCAAAUAGUGGAGAUGGGGUAAUGGGGGAUAUUGAGAUGGAAGGAGUCGAAGAGAACUCACUGAAUGGUAUUGUUAAUAAACCUGGAAAUUCAGAUAUGGAACUCUCACCAACUCCAGACUUCAGUAGCGUUGAUUUCACCAAACUUGCACCUGCGGGACAAGAACGUAUUGCACAGGCAACAACCCCUUCCAUAUCAACUUCGUCAUCCACCACGCCACAACUAAUCCCUGUGGAAAUUAAAUGGGUGAAUGUUUCUAAAGAGAAUAUUCAAAAGAUUUCAAUUAUUGGAUCAUUUUCCAAUUGGAGAGAUGUUAUCAGAUUAAAACCCGCCCCAGAACACCCUAAUGAAUACGUAACAUCUAUUCAUCUUCCGUUGGGGGUUCAUAAGCUUUUGUAUAUCAUUAAUAAUGAGUAUCGAGUUCUGGAUCAACUUCCCACUGCAACAGAUCAAGAGGGGAUUUUUUUCAAUUGGUUUGAAGUUUUAGAUGAAGUCCAUUUAUUCAAUCAUUCUCAGAAUCAACAUACCCACAUUGGUGCAUCUACUGAUUAUGAUGCCAAUAUCAUUGCUCCUAAUAAUGGUGCCACUCAAACCGCAGGUCGGUAUGAAGUUGAUAGAAUCAAUAAGAAAUCUACCAGCUUUUUGACUCAACAAACCAAAAAUCAAGAACAACCAGAAACUGAACAUGUAGAAUUCCAGCAUAUUGAGGACCAUCCAAUGACACCACCACCGCCACCACCACAGGCUCCACACUCGACCAUGAUGGUUCCAGAAUCAGAGGAAACUCCAACGUAUGUUUCAUAUCAAGAUCAAAAAACUGGCUCGUUCUUCAACGAUAUAGUACAACAAAAACUCAACUAUUCAAGUGAAAUACCUGAAAUGUUUGUAAAUUAUGAUUAUUUCAAAAAUAAAAGUUCUGAUUAUCAAUUACCAGAACCUCCACAACUUCCAGCUCAUUUGAAUAAUGUUUUAUUAAAUAAGAUGUCAGCAAACCACGCGAUUAAUAACCCACCUCAUAUGAUCCGCAAAGGCUCUCAUCCGCCACAACCUCAAUUGAAUUCAAAUGAUUUUUUCAAGCAACCCCAUGCUUCAUUCCAUGAUGGAGGUAGCGGGCAAAACAAAAGACCGCCACUUCGUAGAGCUGAUAGUUCGUAUUAUGCUUCGAAUCAAGAGGCGUAUCAUUUAUCUAUUCCUAACCAUGUUAUUCUUAAUCAUCUUAUGACAACUUCAAUUCGCAAUGAUGUGUUGACGGUUGCAUGUAUUACUAGAUACUCAGGGAAGUUUGUUACUCAAAUUAUGCACUCCCCCGCUGAUCCUUAGCUUGAGUCAUUGCCACC